CCUAAUUGCAGUCCUUGCUGUAAGAUGUGUCAUAAAAAAUGGGAAGAUAUAAUUCACAACUCAUUUGGCAAGCUUGGUGCCUUCAUUUCAGACUAUCCCGUUCGAAUAAUGGUUUGCUGUAUUGUUGUAAACUUACUCUUGACAAUAGGGUUGAUACGAAUAGAAGUAGAAAAUGAUGUCGAAACCCUUUACACUCCCAUGGAUAGCCAAGCAAUACAAGAUCGAUCUGUCUUACGAAACUUAUAUGGUGAUCCGACGGACAGUCAUUUUCGUUCAUACCAACUUACCGACUUUGGAUUAUAUGGCAGUGUGAUGAUCCUUUCAAAAGAAAAGACAGAUAUAAAAACACAAGCUUAUGUGUACGAAAUAAAUAGCAUACACAAUGUGAUAAACACCUCCAUUACAGUUACGGAUUCUUUCGGAACUGUGUUUACCUUUAGUGACAUAUCUGCAGGAUCCGAUCCUGUCGAUGUGAUUUCUGGAUCCAUUUUAUUAUCACAAACAUUUCAAAACAAUUUUGUUAUGAAUAACGUAACGUAUCCCUUCUUCGGCCAAAACACAUUGUCUCCUUUCCUUGCCAAUGCUGUUUCGGAAAAUGGAAUGUUAACUUCUACCAUUGGUGUUAAGCUGCAGUACUAUUUAAAACAUUACAAUGCAUCUGUGCGAGAACUCUCCAAAUCAUGGGAAAAGGCUUUUGCAUCCAAACUUGAAAACAUACAGACAAAUUUGACAGACAUUGCUUAUGCAUAUUCAGAUUCCCUUGAAACAGAACUAACAAAAAACACAAAUAGUGACAUUCAAUAUUUUUCAAUAACUUUUGCCCUAAUGAUGACAUAUGCCUCCAUUGCCUCCUUAUCUAUUAAUUGCAAUAACGCUGCAAAUCGCAUGAAUUUAGGGUUUGCUGGGAUCCUUGCACCAAUUUUAGCCAUUGCUUCAGCCUUUGGUUUUGUCAGUGCUAUAGGAGUCGAAUUCACAAAUAUUGUUGGUGUUAUGCCCUUUUUGGUUGUUGGUAUUGGAAUAGACGAUAUGUUUAUCCUCAUGUCUGGAAUGGCAGAUGCGUCCCCACUUACUAAAGUGACAAUAAAAGACAGAAUGGUGUUCAUGAUGAAAAAAAGUGGAGUUGCUAUAACUAUAACAUCCCUAACGGAUUUGUUGGCCUUUGCUAUUGGUGCAACCUCUGUUUUUAAAAGUAUCAGGAAUUUCUGCAUUUACACAGGUGUGUCCGUUUUCUUUUGCUAUUUAAAUCAACUAUUCUUCUUUUGUCCCGCUAUGAGAAUCAAUGAACAAAGAACAAAAGAUAAAAGGCAUUUCUGCAUCUCCUGUAAAAAAGUAAAAAGAAAAGAAGAUUACGUAGGGAAAUCAAAAUGUUUUCUUCUUUGUGUUCCUGGAUCAAUUCCCGAAACAAGACUUGACGUUGAAAGUCCUAUGGAAAAAUAUCCUAAAAAAGUUAUCCUUUUUGUUCUAAAUCAUACAGUGGGCAAAAUCGUGAUCAUCUUUGUACAUGUAUUCCUUGCUUUUCUCGGAGCUUCUAUUUAUGGCUGUAUCAAUCUUCAGCAAGGUCUACAACUAUUCAACUUGGCUUCAAAAGACUCAUAUUUUUAUAAGUACAGUCUAUUGGAUGAAGAUUACUUCACUACCGAACCUAUGAUUACCCUGUGUGUGACAAAGGUUCAAGAUUAUCAUAGGAAUGAAACACAAAAUCUUUUAAACUCCGUCUUAUCACAAACAAAAUUGGACAGUCACAUUGAUGCACAAGCUGAAAUAAAUUGGCUUGAAAACUACAAAAAUUCUGCAGUUUAUGACUCUUCAUCAGAAACCGCUUUCGUCAGUGGUCUUAUCAACUUUCUGGGAUCACAGGAGGGUCAGGCAUUUACAAACGAUUUGGUUUUAGACAAAUCUAGCUUGAAAAUAUUGUCAUCAAGAUUUUAUUUGAAGUCGAAAAACAUGAAGACAUCGAAUGAGCAAGGUGACUUUAUGAAAAGAAUGCGUAAAAUUACAGAUAGUACUGAACUUCCUUGCAUUCUUUAUACCCCCGCUUUUGUAUUUUUUGAACAGUAUGUACAAAUUCUGUCCAGUACUUUUCAAACUGUAGGAAUUGCGGUUGCUGUCAUGCUUGUUGUGACUUUUAUAUUCAUGCCAGAUUUCAGAGUUGUGAUAAUUGUGUGUUUGACUCUAAUUAGUAUCCUAGCCGGAAUAUUUGGUUUUAUGUACUACUGGGACCUCACUUUGAGUUCCAUUACCAUGAUUCAUUUGGUUAUGAGUGUUGGUUUUUCUGUAGAUUUUAGCGUCCAUAUCUGUCAUGCUUUCAUUUCAGUUGAUGGAGAAAAUCGAAAAAUUAUUUUAGAAAAUGCUUUAGAUCGGGCUGGUGGUCCUAUCGUGAAUGCCGCGAUUUCAACACUACUGGGGAUAUGUAUGUUAGGAUUUGCGAGAAGCUAUAUAUUUAAUUCAUUUGGUAUUCUAAUGUUUCUUGUCAUAGGGUUUGGUCUGAUACAUGCUUCCUUCUUCCUUCCUUUAUUUUUAUAUGCGUUUAUUCCGUGGAUCACUAAAUCAAAUAAGACACGUGUAGGGCAUUCUGAUGAGAAUGGCCAAAUUUCUGAACCAACCCCAGUUUUAAAAGGAGAACGCUAUUCUAAAGAUGACCAUGUUCCUGUGGCAGAACCUUUACCUAGUUUAUCCGUGAUUCAUUUGGUUAUGAGUGUUGGUUUUUCUGUAGAUUUUAGCGUCCAUAUCUGUCAUGCUUUCAUUUCAGUUGAUGGAGAAAAUCGAAAAAUUAUUUUAGAAAAUGCUUUAGAUCGGGCUGGUGGUCCUAUCGUGAAUGCCGCGAUUUCAACACUACUGGGGAUAUGUAUGUUAGGAUUUGCGAGAAGCUAUAUAUUUAAUUCAUUUGGUAUUCUAAUGUUUCUUGUCAUAGGGUUUGGUCUGAUACAUGCUUCCUUCUUCCUUCCUUUAUUUUUAUAUGCGUUUAUUCCGUGGAUCACUAAAUCAAAUAAGACACGUGUAGGGCAUUCUGAUGAGAAUGGCCAAAUUUCUGAACCAACCCCAGUUUUAAAAGGAGAACGCUAUUCUAAAGAUGACCAUGUUCCUGUGGCAGAACCUUUACCUAGUUUAUCCGGAGAAAUCUCCUCACAGCACUCACAGCUGUUUUGUCAACUAAGCACGUAA